UGCAGCUGCGCGUUGCCCCAGCCUACAUCAGCGAUGCUGCAACAGCAUAACAAACGGGACAGCAUCAUCUGCAUAUCUGUUUAUAGAGCGCUUCAUCCCACACUGGUAGGGAACUCGAUUGUGUUUUGUGAGGCUCCUGUCAAAACAGGCUUAAGGCUACAGCACAGCCAGCAGAAGACUCCCAUUACCAAAACUGGGGCGCGGAGAUCAAAACCCGAGCAUGGGCUGCGGUGGGAGCCGAGCAGACGCUAUUGAGCCCCGCUAUUACGAGAGCUGGACCAGAGAAACGGAAUCCACCUGGCUUACUAAUACUGAUGCCGAGAACCCGGGGACCGUUCUCAGCAAUGGGUGCACAGAGAGCUCCAUAGAGGCUAACGGCAAAGAAAAGGGGGCUCUCCAUUCUGCAAGGUCAGCAGGCUUGCUGGAAGAAGGACGACCAUUCCAGAAUUGUGUCACUGGGUCUUCAAAAGGAAGUGAAAAAGCAAACGCCGAAAAGAAGACAACCAACUGUGGAACUCAGUGUGGCAAACCGACAGUUCAUGCCUCUGGCAGCACAGCACAGAAGAAGGGCAUCUUCAGAACAGCAGAGACUAAAUGGGACUCCAAAAGAAUGUCAACAAAGGAAGUCUCCAUAAAUGUAGCAAAAAACAUCCGACAGAUUGACAGUGAUGGACGCAUCAUUGAAAACUGUGCAAACUAAAAAAAGAAUGGACAUGAAAUAAAUCGAUACCUUUUGCACUUUAAUUAUGGUCCAUCUUUAAAAAAGACUUGAAGUACUGAAAUAUUCAAGAUGCUCACAGCUCAGUGAAGGAAAAAGUUGCUUCAGAGUGCCUUGAAAGACCUUAUAUUAAACAAUGGUAAAUAGCUGCUAUUCAUGAACUAAUGGGAGUACUGGAUAAGGCAUUAUUUAAAUGUGCUGUACCGAGCAAGACUUCAUUUCAUGGGUGAUACAUUUUAAUGUUAUAUAUCGCUUGUUCCUUAUGAAUGAUUCAGUGCCAAAAGAUUUGGCAGUGUUGUAACACCAAAUUGAUCAUUGUUAACACAACCUACAUUUGGUGGUAACAAGUGGGAAUAGAUAAUUAAAUAGUUUGUACCAACGUGCUCCUUUGCAAUGAAAGUCAGCAAAUGAAGACUUUCUUUUAGGUGCACAAAACCUCUAAUAUAUAUUUCCUGAAGCACAACUAGAUGGAGUAAACUAGAGAUGAAUGAGUUGCUUACUUAAGCAUAAUAUGUCUGCCACCUUAACUGGUAGGCCUUAAACAUAAUAUGUCUGCCAUCUUAACUGGUAGGCCUUAAACAUAAUAUGUCUGCCACCUUAACUGGUAGGCCUUAAGCAUAAUAUGUCUGCCACCUUAACUGGUAGGCUAUUGGUAUCUCCAACUGCUGUUAAUUUCAUAAUCUUUAAUUAGUCUGUAGAUCUCACUUUUAGGCAAGCAGUUACCUUGUGAGGUCUACAAAAAAUUCUACGUAUUUGUGCAUAUUUGGCUUUAUUAAAUUAAAGCCAGUAAACAAUAUUUUAUUCUUACUUACAGUUCACCCUCACCUUACCUUGACAGCAUGUCCUUGUAGCACUUUCUCCAUUACAAGUAUUUAAUGAUUUUGAUGAAGGGAGUUAUAACGUCUUUUGCUAAAGGUCAGAAAAACUUUGCAAAACUGGUUGGUGUUUUUGAAAUGUUGUUUUUCUUACUCUAGACUUUAGUAUGUAGCCAAAUUAUUGUUUGUAUUCUGUGUGCAAGUUUAAGAAGUGACACCAGAUAGCAUUUUAUUAACGUUUACUUCCAGAAUAUGUUUACAUCAAGCUAGCAUGAAGCUGAUGACUGUAUGAGCAAUGAAACAAAUUUCAUCUAAAUAUGUGUACCUAUUCAUUCAUUAAUAUAUAAUAUAAUAUGGGAUUGCAUUGUAAUAUAACUGUUCUUUGGCAAUCUUUCUCCAUAUAUUAACCACACCUGACCUAAUUUUAAAUCUAAAGCACAAUAUUCCAUGUGGAAUAUUACUAAGGAUUGAAAGAUCACAAACAGUGGCAUAAAGCUCCAGCAGUACUGAUAUCUAUUGCUAUUAUAAACUUCUAAUGCCAACUUUCUGCAUGGUACAGGCUCCCUCCAUCCCUACCCCCAUCCCCCCAUCUUAAUUGAGUACAUUGACUAUAAAGUUGUGGAAUCUCAGAGAACAGUGCUAUACAUGGUUUCAAACAAAAAUUUGUGUGAAACUAAUUGCGCAAAUAUAAUGUGAGGGCACAGCUCCUUACAGGGGGGCGGGUACAGGAUGCUUGUCUGACUGAAUGCAUUCUUCUAUACACAACACUCUUCCAAGCUUUGUUUUCCAGCUGAAAUUGUAUGUAUACAUUACUAUCUAUAUUGCUAUCAGUACAACAGUAAUAUUCUGCUACUGUUUACUAUAUGUUUAAGUUCUACUUCUUUGGGUUUUUAUUGCUUCAGGAUUGUGGAGUAGAGUUUUAUUUUCAUUAUUUAAGGUGGAAGAUUUUUUGUAAGGAACCCACACAUGAAUAACAUAUGUGCAUGUGUGCACAUGUACAAAAUGUGAAAUUUGUUUAGUACACUGGGUGAUGUUACCUUGUGAGGCAUAUUUAAUUAAUCAGCUAAUAUAACAAACUUACAAACAAAAGCUGCAACUUAUUUUACACAAUGCCAAACCUGUACAAGUAAAAUGUGCAUGAUGAAAUAAACAGGCUAUGUGAUUAUA